UACUUAUUUUUCCAGAUAUUUUCUUGUUAUUCGGCAUAUUAGCUGCCACUUACUGCUGCCAAUCACUGUUAAUGUCUUAAGAUAUUUUCCUUUUUCUCUUAUUUCAGAAAUCCACCUAAGUGCGGCCUGUUUUAAACAACCGCUUCUAUCUAUUACGAAAUUGUAGACGAAAUUGACAAAAAAGAGGCAAGAAAAAGUAUAUUACUAAAGCCAAACUUCGAAGAUAUGGAUUGCGAUUUAAAAAAAAUUAACGUUUAAAGCGCUUAAAAACUACGAAACUAUCGAGAAGAUAUCACUUUUAUUAUAAUUUAUAGCGCUUUAUGUUAUAAAGCGCUGAAAAAAGUUAACAAAAAGUAAACAAAAUGAAUCGGUUUGUAAGAAUUGUUCCAUUUGUUCCUACAUUACUUCGGAGAAGUUUAAUAAAUCAAUCGAUCUAUAAGCCACUACUGAAACCAAACCAUUGGCCAAUUAGACCUUCACGCUUCUGCACGCGUUUUCCACAGGAGAAUUUGAAAAGUCAACGAAAUGUCGGUAAAUGGUUUUUGGGAUGCGGGGGCAUGGUUUAUUUAGCCGUUGUUUUGGGAGGAGUGACACGCUUAACAGAAUCCGGUCUUUCGAUGGUUACUUGGAAAUUAACCGGAGAAAAAAUGCCGCGCACCGCCGAAGAAUGGGAGAAAGAAUUUCGUCUUUAUCAACAAUAUCCGGAAUUUAAAAUGAAGAACCAAAAUAUGACUUUGGAAGAAUUUAAAAUGAUUUUUUGGAUGGAAUAUAUACAUCGAAUGUGGGGUAGAGCUAUUGGUGCAUUUUUCCUAAUACCGGCAACCUAUUUUUGGAGGAAGGGCUAUUUUAACAAAACUACAAAGAACAUUGUAUUGUUAAUGGGUUGCUUGAUAGGCUGCCAAGGCUUAAUGGGCUGGUAUAUGGUGAAAUCUGGUUUGGAAAAUCGUUUCGAAAAUGUAAACGAUGUACCGCGUGUAUCUCAACACCGCUUGGCUGCGCAUUUGGGUCUCGCCUUCGCUCUAUAUACACUCUUUCUAUCGCAGGGAUUGAAAAAACUAGUGCCAGCUCAAGAAUUUCAAGCUAAUUGUAUGAAAGCUUUGCGUUUUAAACGAUUGGCUUUUGCGGCUAAAGGUUUAAUAUUUCUAACUGCAUUUUCUGGAGCUUUUGUGGCUGGUUUAGAUGCUGGCUUGGUACACAACUCAUUUCCUAAAAUGGGAGAUAACUGGAUACCUAACGAUAUCUUAGCAUUUAAGCCAAUUAUUAAGAAUUUUACCGAAAAUCCUACCACAGUUCAAUUUAAUCAUCGGAUUUUAGGUAUUUCUACAGUGACUUUGAUCACUGUUGUUUGGAUGUUUUCCAAACGAACCAUGCUGCCACCACGAUCGUAUUGGGCCAUAAAUGCAGCGGCUUUAGUUGCUUGGCUUCAGGUGACUUUGGGCAUAAGCACGUUAAUUCAUCACGUACCUGUGUCUUUAGCUGCUGCUCAUCAAUCAGGUUCACUGCUUUUAUUAACGUUUGCCGUUUGGCUAAGUCACGAAUUGAAAUUCUUGAAAUACAUACCGAAAUAAAUGAAAGUUAUCUUAUGUUUCUGU